AUGGGUUUCUAAUCCAGAAAAAGAAAACAUGAGUCGCCCCUGGUCCCUCCCACCUCCUACCCCUCAUCCUGCGACCUCCCAUCAAGACUAGAUCAAUAUUUUAUCAGUCUAUCGCUAGCAGAUUCCUAGCGCAAACCGGUGGGGGAAGUCAGACAGCGCCCAGGCUGUAACGAGUGAAACAUUAGCCAGCCCCGGUAGAGGUGGCUUUUAAAAGGUUAUCUAGUCUACCGUUUCCCCCUCCUUUUCUUUUUUAAAUUCCAGCUACGCUCUAACUCUAAGGCUUCCAGUGAAGGAGAUAGCGCUCUGUGCCCACCAUGCGGGGCUCCUUAGGGCUCGCUCUGCUCUAUGGAUUGCCCUGGCUCCUGGCUGCAGUGCCCCAGCUUCCUCCACCAUAUGGGGGGCACCCAAGGAGCCUCCCCCGGGCACAGACGAGGAGUGGCCGUUCCCAAGAUUCUGCCAGGGGAGCCGAUUUUGAUCGCGUUUACAGCGGGGUGGUGAACCUCAGCACCGAGGAAAUCUACUCCUUCAAUUACACCAGCAAACCCGGGCAGGUGGAUGCCGUGCGGGUAUAUGUGAACAGCUCAUCUGAGGACCUAAAGUAUCCUGUCCUCUUUGUGGUUCGCCAGCAAAAAGGGGUGCUGUCCUGGCAGGUCCCUCUGCUCUUCCGAGGACUGUACCAGAGAACCUAUAACUACCAGGAAGUGAGCCGAACACUGUGCCCUUCUGAACCCACCAACGAAACAAGACCUUCAGAGCAACUCAUAUUUGUAGAUGUCGCAUCCAUGGCUCCACAAGGGGCCCAGUACAACCUGCUGGUUACCAGGAUCAAGAGCUUCCAGCUGCAGACAAAUGUUGCUUUUCAUUUCACUGCCAGCCCCUCACAACCUCAGUAUUUUCUAUACAAGUUUCCUAAAGAUGUGGACUCUGUUAUCAUUAAAGUGGUAUCUGAAAUGGUCUACCCAUGUUCGGUUGUAUCAGUUCAGGAUAUUGUGUGCCCAGUGUAUGAUCUUGACCAUAAUGUGGAAUUUAAUGGUGUCUAUCAGUCCAUGACCAAGAAAGCAGCUAUCACUAUACAGAAGAAGGAUUUUCCAGGAGAGCAGUUCUUUGUGGUAUUCGUGAUAAAGCCUGAAGAUUAUGCUUGUGGAGGAUCAUUCUUCAUCCAGGAAAAAGAAAACCACACCUGGAAUCUUCAGCGAACAAAGAAUCUUAAAGUGACCAUUGUUCCCUCCAUUAAAGAAUCUGCUUACGUGAAGGCCAUAUUACUCAGCUUCCUUAUAUUCUUCUCCUUCUACUUGGGCUCUCUGCUUGUUGCUUUUGUGCACUAUGUCAGAUUUCGGGGGAAAUCCAUAGAUGGGAGAUUUGAUUCAAGUGAUGGAUCUAGGAAUGUAACUGAUUCCCACCCCAUUGCCACCAGUACACCUGAAGGCAGCAGCUAUGGGGCAAUAGAUGAAUCAGUCUCCAGCGGUGGCAGGCAGAUGUCUUCAUCAGAUGGUGGGGCCAGAUACCAGUCAGACACAGAUAGCUCAGUGGAAGAGGAAAGUGAUUUUGACACUAUGCCAGAUAUUGAAAGUGAUAAAAAUGUCAUCCGGACCAAGAUGUUCCUCUACCUGUCAGACCUGUCUAGGAAGGAUCGAAGAAUUGUCAGCAAAAAAUAUAAGAUUUAUUUUUGGAACAUUACAACUAUCGCUGUGUUUUAUGCCCUUCCGGUGAUUCAGCUGGUUAUCACCUACCAGACUGUUGUGAAUGUGACUGGCAAUCAGGACAUCUGCUAUUACAACUUUCUCUGUGCUCACCCCUUGGGGGUCCUUAGUGCCUUCAACAACAUCCUCAGUAACCUUGGUCAUGUACUUCUGGGCUUCCUCUUCCUCCUCAUAGUCUUGCGCAGGGACAUCCUGCACCGAAGAUCACUGGAAGCUAAAGACAUCUUUGCAAUGGAGUAUGGGAUUCCCAAACACUUUGGUCUUUUCUACGCUAUGGGCAUCGCUCUGAUGAUGGAAGGAGUACUCAGUGCUUGCUACCAUGUCUGCCCUAAUUACUCCAACUUCCAAUUUGACACCUCCUUCAUGUACAUGAUUGCGGGACUCUGCAUGCUGAAGCUCUAUCAGACCCGCCACCCUGACAUCAAUGCCAGUGCCUAUUCUGCCUAUGCAUCUUUUGCUGUGGUCAUCUGUCUUACUGUCCUUGGAGUGUUGUUUGGAAAAAAUGACAUAUGGUUCUGGGUUAUUUUCUCUGCAAUCCACAUUCUGGCAUCCCUUGCUCUUAGCACACAGAUCUACUACAUGGGUCGCUUCAAAAUAGAUGUGUCUGACACAGCAGAUUUGGGAAUUUUCCGCCGGAUUGCAAUGGUAUUCUACACUGACUGUUUCCACCAGUGUAGCCGACCGCUGUACAUGGACAGAAUGGUGCUGCUCAUUGUUGGGAAUCUUGUUAACUGGUCCUUUGCCCUCUUUGGACUGGUGUAUCGGCCCAGGGAUUUUGCUUCCUACAUGUUGGGGAUUUUUAUCUGUAACUUGCUGCUCUACCUGGCCUUUUAUAUCAUCAUGAAGCUCCGCAGCUCUGAGAAGGUCCUCCCUAUCCCGCUGUUCUGCAUCAUUGCCACGGCUGUGGUAUGGGCAGCAGCCCUUUACUUUUUCUUCCAGAAUCUUAGCAGCUGGGAGGAAACCCCAGCAGAAUCCCGAGAGAAGAAUCGUGAUUGUAUAGUGCUGAAUUUCUUUGAUGACCACGAUGUCUGGCACUUCCUUUCCGCUACUGCCUUGUUUUUCUCAUUCUUGGUAUUGUUAACUCUAGACGAUGACCUGGAUGUGGUCCGGAGAGACCAGAUCCCUGUCUUCUGAGUGAGGGCUGUGUGUGGUGUAAGAAGAAGUGGUCACUCUUGGUGCUACCACAUAGAUCAUGCAAUGACUGCAUCAGAGCAGCCAUUGCCGGAGAUUCCCUGGUCAUCCGCCAAGAGGACAAACCUGUCUGCAUCCAAAUAGUGAGCAUGUGAGAAGAGGAAGAGGAACUGGAAAGAUCCUGUCACUUGAAAGGGGGCAUAGUGAAUCAUGGCCAACUCUAAAGGUCAAUGACACACCUUGAGUUCCUCUUCUAGUUGCCAUUCUGCAAAUGCGAUGUGAACAAGAAGUAUAGGUAUCAUUUACAUGGCAUUGACUUGCAAACUCCCCUCCCAGAAUUGGUCAGUGGUGGCAAACUGAGGGUGCCGGCUUUUCCUUAAUCUCAGUGCCCAGUAAGACUCAAAACUGACUUCACCUGAGAAAUUUUGGCUGCAGUCACUUGUUUCUGUAAGCUCUUCUGCUCCUGAAUGAGCCAAAGCCACAGUUUGCAUCUUCUGGGUCCUGGUGGUGAUGGUCAUCCCUUGAGUACAUGGUAUAGAAACUAGGUGGCACAUGCCAAUGUCUCCCUUCAACUAGGGGAUGGUAUCAUGAGAUCCAGCAUGACACACUCUUUGGAAGGAAAGCUGUAUAUUUUUGUAUAGGCUCCUGAGUUCAUUAAGAAGACUCAGAAUAGAACUUUUACUGGAUGUUCCUUAUAACAGAGCCCUUGUUCCCAUGUCUACCAACUGGUUCAGAAGGAAUACUUGUGUUCUUAACUAUCCUUCUGCCUAUCUAACGCACGUGUCUGCAUCUCACUGCUCUCUGUUGACUCCAUACUUUGUCUUAACCUUCCUGGGAAGGUCCUGCUCUUUAAUCUUCCUGCAGGCCCUGGUAUGACAGACACCCUCUCAAAGCAUGUGCGGGCAGGCAGCGGGGAGAGUGAAACCCCAUCUACCAGUAUAAUAAUAUCCAGCAAGUGAAGUCAACCCAACACUCCAGUUGGCAAAAUCAUCAGCAACUUCAGGAUUAAACAUAAUCUGCCUCACCCUGAGGGGCCCAAUUUUAGAAGAUUCUAGACUCUGGUGCAAAUGCCCCAUGGUAAAAGUGCUUACUCUGUUUUUCUACCCAGAUAGCUAAAUGGUGCACCCAAAACAUCAUUGGGAGGAAAGCAAGCAAACAACCCAGAGCCAAGAGACAGGGCAGUACCCUCAGAUGAGCUUCAACACUAACAGAAGGUCCCUUCUUCAAUAGGCUCAGACCUUCCUGCCUUGAGCUAGUUUUAAACACCCUUUCCUAGCUGCAGAGAGCUCUAUGAAUUUUAAUGAUCUUUUGAUAAUACCUGGUAGUCUUUUUCUUCCCCCAAAAAAGUGUGGAAAAGCUUGGAAUUUGGGGUCCACUAUCUUACUGUGUGGCAGGCCUGCCUCUGUGAGGCCUGGAGUCCCCAUUUUUACCUUGUACCCUGCAUAGAUGGAGCUUGAUGUAAGAGGAAGACUGAAUUUUGGGUGAAAUUUAAGUUGCCUAUGUUUUUUGACCAAGCCUCUCAAAAAGAUGAAUUUUACAUUUUUUAAAAAAGAAAAGUGAUUUUUAGCAUGAUCCUUACUCUAAAAUAUUUGCAUAGCAUUUAAAAAAAUACAUUUUGGAAGUUUUACUUGGCAAGAUUUUUCUUGCUUUCAAAACAUGUGCACAUGCACAAAGAUGCUUGCAGUGAAAUAUUUUGUGAAAAUUUUCUAAACAGCCAAAAUGGAUUUAAUAGCAUUCUGUUUUUCUUCGUUCUUAAAAAAGACCCAUUUUUAUAGUUAUAACCACAUGGAGACCAUUAAUUACAUACUCAUCUUAAACCAUAAAGCCAAGUCCAAAGCCUGUUUAUAACUGCACCUGGUACUCUUUAGACUGUAAUCCAUGAAUUCUUUUUUUUAUUAUUUUUUUGUUUAUAAGCCCCACUAAGGAAAAAAUAAGACCAAUAAAAACCCAUCCAACCAAGUAUUAAUGGCCUAAUCUGAACAAGAUGUAAAGUCCAUUACCAAUUCUAUAUCUUACUUGGAAAAUAAGUCAGUAGAACCAGAGGGUGGGAGGUGCCCAGGAGAGAUCAUGCUGGUUAUUAUAACAUUGUAUUUUUUACCAUUAUUCUGAUGUCUACUUUGUGCUGUAAAGUCCCUGAUUGUCUUGGAUUUUGUUCUGUGCAGCAGGAUUGUAAACCCAGAUCAACCCUGCUGUGAUAAAUAUCAAUACUGAGAUACAAGUGAUUGUUGCUCAAGUUUUAUACAAUUGUAUCCAGAAAGAUGCUGAACUGUAAGCUUCCCAGGAGCACAGCAAGUUAACAUAGAGCAGCUCUUGGUCUGCAGCGACUAAAUUAAAAAUUAUGUGCUUGGGGCUGGGAAGCUGGAGUCUAAAAUAAUCCCUGGCCUAUUUCUUUAAAGGAGGAGGGAAGGGUAAUUCCAAAAAUGAUGAAUUCAGAAGAUGGGAAAACCAAAGGAAAUUCAGAUCCCUGUAAGGAAUUGUCAGCAGGACAAAGAAAAGUAACAGGAGCCGUGAAUCUGGGGUAGGGAAUUAAGCUCCAAGAGGGGCAAAAUCUGCACAUCAAAAUGGCCUACUUAGGCCCUUGACAAACUGCUACAAAUGGGACCCCACCUGUUUGCUGGGGAUUGCUAAGAGAUUAGCUCCAGUUUUAUUUUAGCCAUAAGAGAGACUCAGUGAAAAUGCUUUGCUCAUUUGGGGAAGGGACUUUCCAAGGUUCAUGAAAAUAAACAGAGAGGUCAUUCGGGGCAAGGACUGUUCUUUCUUCUGUAAUGCUAUAAGACCUACCGCACUAUACCACCUAUGUCAUGGCCACAGAAAGAUAUGGGCAGUCUAGAAAGGAUGUUCUGUAGUCAGGCACUUCUUAUUCAAAUAUCUGUAGAUAGGGAACUGACAUUAUUCUCUUGAGGGAGGGAGAUUGAGUCAUUAGAGUGGUAACAUUUCUUCACACAAGAUUCCCAGGAAGUGGCAGAGGUUUCAUAAGGUAGGUCUCAUGACCCUCACUCAAAUGUCAUGCCCAUCAUCAAAGAAGGUUAUGCCUGGCAGCUGGAAUAGCUCUCCCCUGAGGCAGCCCACUAGUUCUAGCAGCAUAGCUUGCACAGGGCCUACCCUGACCCUGAAUGACUCGGUCAAUAUUAAUUAGCCCUGUAAAGGACUGACCUUGACCUUCCUAACCCCAGCCAGAACGCAGAGAAAUACAGCUGUUGAGGUAGAAAAACUAAGAAAUGUCCCACCUCGUUAUUCCUUUCUCAUUGGAAGUCUCAAGGAAAAAGCCCAACCCAAGCCACUCUUCCAACUGUAGCCUAAGGAACGCGUUUUGCAAGGUAACAUCCUGGAAUGUGGUGGAGGAAGGACCUCAAUGACGGCAUUUUAGAACUGGAAGGGAAAGGCCAGCUAGUCCAACCUCUCCUUUCUCUCAUUUGACGAUUGAGGAAAUGGGCCUGGAGAGGUGAAGUCAUUUGCCCAAGAUCACAUAUCGAGGCAGUGACAGAAUUAGGAUUUGAACCCAAGUCCUCUGAUUACCAAUCCAGCACACAGUUCCCCUUGCUGCCUACUGAAUGCCUGGAUGUUCAGGCUGUGCGAGGCUAGGGAGAAAGCCCUCAGCUAAGAGGUGACAAAAGAGGCUGCAGCAAGAGGAGGCAUAACAUUUGGCCCUGGCCCUAAUGCCCCUGGUAAAAUGGGUAAAAAGAGUACUAAGAAAAAACUUCUAUUCGUCUCUGCUUAGAGCAAUUUAUAAUAAAUCU